AUGUCAACAUCUAGAACACCUCUUUUAGAUAAAUCUGAUCUAUCUAAUGAUCAAAUGCAAGCACUAAAUAAUAUUUAAGAUCCCUACAAGCAAUUAGAUCUAAAUCUUGACGCUGAGCAACUCAUUUUGGAGUCUGCUAGUACUCAAUAGUAAAGAAAAAGUGAAGUUCCAUUGGAAGAAUUUCACAACGAAAAUAUAUCAGAAUCUCAAAUGUUUUCUUAUGGAAAGAGAAACUAAAUUUAAUACCUUAAAAGUGAAAAACUAGAAGACUUAUUCUACAAGAAAUUUGAAUCUCAAUAUUAGGAGAAAAUAAUCCACUUUAGAGAUUACUUUAUUUUAAAAAAUGGGAAUCAAAUAACUUAGAAACUUAUGACUGAUAAGUUAGAAUAAAGGAGAGUAUUCAUAAAUACUAGAUAUUUUGAUGAUUUCUCAUUAACUUUCAAUCUUGCUGACGCUUAAUUGUACAUCUUUUAAUACGCUUCUCAAAAUUUUAUCAAGCAUAGAUUUAUUCCAGAUACAAUUAUUUAAGACUGGACUCCUCAUGCUGUUAGUGAUUAACAAUAUUUUCUAAAAAACAGUUUGACCAAUGAACUCCUAUACUUGAAUUACUAAAAAGUUUCUACUUUAAAUGAUUUUGAAAAUAAUCUAAUCAAUAGUUAUAUUUCUUUUGAUGAUGAAAAUUAUCUUGCUAUUAGUAAUGUUUGCCACAUUUGUAGCAGUAUGAUUACACAUUAAACUUUCACUAGACUAUUGCAUAAAAAUAAGAGAUUCUACUUAUUAGAUUUUUAAAAUAAUUCAUUCCUUCUCUAUAUGUUCUCGAAAGAAAUUGAGAUAAAAACAUAUGAGGAAAACACAAUUAUCCAUAAUAAUUUCAACUAUGUAACAGUUAUUCCUGUUCUUUCUAAUAUCUUUGUCGUUCAGAAUAUCUAUAUUGGAGAGCCAACUCCAAUAUAUGAAGAAUUUGACAAUGAACUAAGUAAAGUUUACCCUUAGCUUUCAAAUAUUAGAAAAAUUUAUUAAAGCAGAGUUAAAUUCAUAAUAGAUUUUGAAAGUGAAUUAUACAACAGAAAUGUCAUUUUGAGUGUUAUUAAACUUAAGCAAAUUAGUUCCAGUGACGAAAGCUGUAGUGGCGGCGAUGGCGGCGGCGGCGGAGGCUACGGUGGCUAUGGUGGCGGUGGCGGCGGCGGUGGCGGCGGCGGGGGUAGCGAUGAUGAAGAGUACAACAGAAAUUAUUAAAAGUUACUAGAAGAAUAGAAUCGCAAUUUUUAAAGAAUAGACUAAGUUUUACGUGUUACAAAUGACCAUAUGACUCAAUAUAUGAAAUAUAUAGCGCCAUUUGAUGAUAGCCUCACAUUCAUAGUACAAAAUAAUUUUAACUAAGUUAAACUCAUCAAUUUAAUGAAAAUUUACAGGGAAACUUCUGAUGAUCAUGAAGGCAGUAGAGAAUUAUAGUAACCAAGCAUUGACAACUUGAGCAUUAUUUUAGAAUUUAAUGAUAAUAGAUUAGUCUAUCUAGAAUAUGAUUUGUGUACAAUUGUCACUCUAAUUCUUAAAGAGGGUGAUAUUGUUUCCAGAGUGACCAAAGAUAUUGCAUUUUUCAUCAAAUCACUUUUCAUGAUAAUUAAAUUAGAGACCUACUACAUUUUUAUUGAUAAGUUUAAUUACGAGCCUAAAGGAGUUAUUGAAUUUCUUGGCGUUUCAGAGAUUCAAAGAGAUAAUCUCAAUUUGUUAGAGAUCUAAAACGACCAUCUCGUCAUCAAUUAAUGUGAAACAGGCAGAAUUUUGCAUAUAAGUCCUUAUUCAUUAGAAGAUUUAAUUGGAAAAAAAUACAAUCCAUAUGAUCUAAAAAUUUAAAUCGAUUUAUAAAGCUAAUUGAUUAGAUAUUUUGAUAACAAUCAAAAGAAAGUUACUGAACACUUUUUUGGAAUGCCAGUUCUUUUCUUGCAGACUUUAAAUUAAUAAUUUAGACUUGAUGAGCAAACUUUGAAAGUAUAUUUAAAUGAUCUCCGGUAGGACUAAAUAUUUUCAGACUUUGGAGAACAUAGUCUUUUUGAUACAAUGCAUUCUCUUCCAAUUAGUACUGUGUAAUUGAUAGCAAAUAGAAUCAAUGAAUUUGAAGACUUCAAGUACUCCCUAGUUAAUUUUGAUAGAAUAUAUAAGUCUACCUCGCUUGAUAAAGCAAUUCAAGAAAAAAAUAUUCAAAGAGUAGAAUUAUAUUUGUCACUUAUUUUGAAAAUUUAAGAAAAUCCAGCUUUUAAUUUCGUUAUUGAUAGGAACUUUCAAUUACUUUUGGAAAUGCAAAUUAAUCUACAAGAGUAUUUAGAAAGCUCACUUUGUUAUGUUAAAGUAUAAACAGAUUACAUAUUCUCCAGUUCUGAUGAGGAAAUAUUGACUGCUGAAUUCGAUUAAACUUUGAAUAUUCUAGAUAUUCUUAGAAAUUACGAUAUAAUAAUGAAAUUAAAUUCUGAAAGUGAGGACCAAGAGGUGAUUCAAAUGAGGAAAGCCAGGGGAACUUUUAUUUUAAGUUAUCCUUGCAGAUAGUUUGCUGGUCUUAUCUUAUAUUUUUAGCCAACUAUGAAGCUAUACAGAGGAUUUAGCUUCUUGGUUUCAAUGAUAGAAGCUGUUUUUAAUGAUCUAAAGUACUUCAUUACUUUCUACCUAAUGAUUUUAUCACUUUAUGGUAUCAUAUUUACACUUAUGCUUUAUCAGGGUGAUAAAGUACCAGAAGAGUAUAAUGGAAUAAGCUUGAUGGCGUAUUUUAUAAUGUCAUUUAGGACUUCAAUGGGUGAUUUCUAAGUUGACACUUACAAUUCUUUAACAAAUACUGGAACUAUCUUCAUUUGGAUUAUUUGGUUAACUUCAAUUUUAUUCCUCAACAUUAUUUUACUGAAUUUCAUAAUCGCAGUCAUAUCUGAAUCUUAUGAAAAAGUCAUGCAAAAAAUGAUUGCUUAGUCUUACAAAUAGUAGUUAAUGCUUAUCAAAGAAAGAGAAAUGCAUUUGUCAGAAAGUUAAAAGGAAUCAUUUGAAUUUUUUCCUAGAUUCUUAAUACUAAGAAGACCUGUCUAAUCAAAUUCAGAAGAUAACUUAGAAUGGCAAGGAUUUAUUAAAGAUAUUAAAAAGUCUAUUCAAAGAUAACAAAUAAGCAUCAAUAAUAUGCUUUAAUUGACUCAAUCUAAAACUCAGACGGCUUUGAAAAAUUAAAAUGAAAAGCAAGUUUAGGAAAUUAAUACUUUGAAAAAGACAAUAGAAGAACUAAAGAAUUCUAAUGCCGCUGAAUCUUAAGAAAUCAAAUCUUAAUUAGCUCAGAUUUUAUAAAAAAUAGAAUCAAAAAACUGA